CUGUGAACUGAUCAAAGUAUAGAUCUCAUAUAACAAGUGUUAGGAUGGAGGGAACAUCUCUACUGUGGCUGCUCUUUCUGAUCUCACUGCUGAGCUGCACCACAAACCAAGCCUCUCUGACUGUGAGUCCCAGCAGCUCUCAGAUGUUUAAAGGACAGUCUGUCUCUCUGAGCUGUGAGGAGGACGACAGCUCUGCUGGAUGGACACUGAGGAGGAACACAACCAGAGACACCAGGACUCAGUGUGACGACUGGGGAGAACCAGCUGGUUCUUCUUGUACCAUCAGCCCCAUUGCCACAUGGGACAGUGGAGUUUACUGGUGUGAGUCCAGAGAGGGAGCAACCAGUAACACCAUCAACAUCAGUGUCACUGGUGGACCAGUGAUCCUGCAGAGUCCUGUCCUCCCUGUGAUGGAGGGAGAUGAUGUCUCUCUGCACUGUAAAACAAAGACCCCUCCCUCCAACCUCACAGCUGCUUUCUAUAAAGAUGGCUCCCUCAUCAGGACUGAGCCUACAGGUCACAUGACCAUCCACCAUGUUUCCAGGUCUGAUGAAGGCCUCUACAAGUGUCACAUUGGCAGUCAUGGAGAGUCUCCACCCAGCUGGAUCACUGUCACAGGUGGGAUUCUCUCUGCAGGUAAACCUACAACCACAGCCCCGCCCACCUCUGCAGCCCCAUCCACUGUCUCCACCCCCUCCAGUUUGUGUUCAGAUUGCUCUGCCACCUUGUGGUGUUCUGUCCGUACUGCAUCUCCACUGUCCUCAUGGUGUCUUUAUAUCGACAGAGGUCCACAGGAAAUAAUCUGCCUGUCUCCAUGGUGAUGAUCCCGCCCACCCAGGCUGAGGAGGGAUUGGAUGGUGACUAUGAUGAUGUCAUCGGUGAUGUCACCACAGAGCAUCACUUCUGAAUUGAUCCGAUGAGUUCAAUGUGUUCUUAAAUGAAGCUAAAAUGUUCAAAUAAAAAAUGAGCUUUUUUUAUUAAUCAGAAUCAGAAAUACUUUAUUGAUCCCCGGGAGAAAUUAAUCGACAACAGUGAUGUAUUGCAGGGCUUUUAUUAAUUUGUGACACAUUAAAUCUCGUCUCUCUGUCCACCAGAUGAUGACUGUCACUCUGCAGUCUAAAGGAGAAUGAUGAAGUUUGCAGGAGAAUCAGCAGCUGGACGACAGAAGAGCUCCAUCCUCACUGCUGAGCUCCAGUAAACCUCAGAACUGCAUGCAGCAAUAUUCACAUGGGACAGUUUCAGUGCUGUUUCCAGGUUCAUGUAUCAUCCUACAACACAGGGUAGUACAAGGAAAUACCAGCUGUAGUCCCUUAAAUAAAAGUAUUUUACAUAAUGACUCACUGCCUGAGGGAAGAAGUCUGGAGGUACGGCAGCAAGAGCUUCUGUACCUCUUCCCAGAAUGCAGCAGGGUGAACAGGCUGUGGCUGUUAAACAUUUUUAAUCUGAUUACAUUAAGUUAAUAAAAGACAUUCACUCAGUGUAAUCAGAUUAAAAAUGUUUAUCACUUUCAGAACUUAAGAUGAACUGUUGGUUCACUUUAACCAUGAGAUGCUAUCGCAGUGUACAAGCUAACAGCCACCAGAGGGAGAUGAUUCUAAAGGGAGGUUCAGGUUAUUUCCCCUCAUCAUGAAUAAAGAGUAUGAACAGAAACAGGGAAUGAAAGCUGCAUGGUCCCAAUGGAUAGAAACAACAAAUAAAGAUAACACAACUUGAGGAUCCAAAUGUAACAAUAAGUGUUUAUUUUUCUAUGAAAAUACACUUUAUACAAAAGUUUCAAAGGAUCACAAACAUACUGUUGUUGGUAACACUUUAUCAAGGUAUUGGAUUGGUAACAGCUCACAAUGGGGAGAAAGGUGGAAGAGCUGUGUAAAACAACUUUAGUAGUAAUUUUUCUGGGGAGACACUUUUUUAAAUAAUAAACAUUAAGACCCAGUUCACAGUGAAAACAGAAAAUUGGGCAUAUAUGAAUGAACCUGUUUCUGCAUCACGUCACAUUGUCUUGAACAGGUAAAGCGACCAUUUUGAAGAGAUAAACAUGUUUUAAAUCACAAUGUGAUUCGUUAAAUACUUUACAAAUGAGAGUUGAGGAAUGCAUUUAACAGUAAUACAUGUAUAAAUACUUUAUAAAUGAAAUGAAAUAAAGGCACUGAUGUUAA